AUGAAGGCCAUCUGUUGGCUGCUGUUGCCGCUGAUCAUCGCCCUCGACGAGUCGAGCUCGCUCACGGAAAUAAGGAAUUACGAGGAUGUCACGACAGGAAGGAGCAGCGAGAUCGAAGGACCUCCGAUGUCGCAGGAGAACUUGGAGAACCUAAAGGCAUUGUUGAGGCAAACGUCAGCUUCUUCAGGAACGGAAAAUAGCACGGUCACUGCGACCAGACAGGGACGUUGUCAGUGCUUCGGCGGCGUCUGCGGAUGUUGCUCAAGAAUCUUAUACGACACGUGGAAGCAGAAGGCCUGUGUGAACGUCACGUACGACCCCGAUGAGUUCAGCUUCACCGCCAACAUCCUGAUGAACAACAGGAUCCUUUAUACGAGGACAAUUUCGGGGAAAAAUCCUAGACCGGUGUGUGUUCCUGUUCCAAGGAUACCGUUUAUCAGAGCGUGCGUCAGGUUCUAUAAUAUAUAUUUCCAAGGCAGAAAUAUUCAUUUGUGCGUGAAUAUGGAGGGCAAGUUUCAGGAUUCCACGUUGUUCAAGGUUGGAUUCGAUUGUCUAAGAUUUGGCGCGAACGGAUUAGCCCUUCUAAAGCCGGAAGACGGUGGCGGUUUGCCAGCGGGUCAAGUAGAAUUUUUUCCAGAAGAUGUUGACGACGAUGAUUAUAACGAUGAAGAUGACGAUGACGACGACGACGACGAUGAUGACGACGACGACGACGAUGAUUUGUUCUGA